AUGGAAAAAACGCAAGCUUAUGAAGAAAUUAUCACUGGUAUCAACCCGCUCGGCAGUAUUUUACAUUUAGUCCAAACACUCCUGGGUCGUCUUAAAGAAGACAAUGCCAUUACUUAUGAACAAUGGAAAGCUAUGAUGCCCAAUAUUACGAAAUGUGAAUUACCACAUUUAUAUUUUAUACCUAGAGCACGCAAGGUUGAUGUUCGAUUGCGUCCAAUCAUAUCCUAUAGAGGAUCACCAACUAUAGGUAUUUCAACAUUUUUGAAUAAUCUCCUGGCUCCUCUCUACUUACGAGUGGUUCAAACAACAACUUAUAUGAGGGAUAUUGAUUUUACUCGUCAACUCGAAAAAUAUCGAGAUAGUGGACAAUUAAAAGCAACUACAAUGUUCGUUACUUUUGAUGUCACCGAUCUUUACACCAUGAUAACAAGAGAUGGAGCUCUAAAUUCUUUCGUCCGAUUCCUACGUAAACAUUCAAAAAACGGAAAAAUUAGCAAUUUGUCUAUAAAUACAAUUAUACGGUUAGCAAGAAUUGUAUUAGAUACCAAUUCCUUUGUAUACAACGGCAAAUACUAUAAACAAAUCAGAGGGGAUGCUAUGGGUUCUCCUUUUACUAUGGUGCUCGCGAAUAUUUACAUGUUGGAAUGGGAGCAAAAUCUCGUUGAACAUCAACAAGCUCAUAACGAACUCUAUGGCCGGUAUGCUAUAGUGAUAAAAGCAGGCAAUCUAUUCAUUAGAUUUCCAAUUUUAGAUAUAUCGAUGAUGUUUUCAUGA